AUGCAUUCAGCUCUGGGUUUAUCUUUCAUGCUAAUUGCGGUUUCCUCCAAUUUUGCAAUGGCAAUCAAAAAAGAAAAGAGAGCUCCCCAGACACUUUCAAGAGGAUGGGGAGAUGAUAUUACUUGGGUACAAACUUAUGAAGAAGGACUCUAUCAGGCGAAACAAAGUAACAAACCAUUGAUGGUUAUUCACCAUUUGGAAGAUUGUCAGUACUGCCAAGCACUGAAGAAGGUUUUUAUGGAGAAUCAAGAAAUACAAGAAAUGUGUCAGAAAAAUUUCAUCAUGCUCAAUCUCAUGCAUGAAACAACGGACAAGAAUUUGUCACCAGAUGGACAAUAUGUGCCUCGAAUCAUGUUUGUAGAUCCUUCUCUCACUGUAAGAGCUGAUAUUACUGGAAGAUACUCUAACCGGCUCUAUACUUAUGAGCCUCAAGAUGUGCCAGUGUUAAUAGAGAACAUGAAGAAAGCAUUACGUCUCAUUCAGACCGAACUGUAA